GAAGUUGAUGUCGUCGUAUCUACAAAAUCGGGCGUCGGCCUUUCUUUACAGUUCUGGCAGAGCGUAUUGCAGCCUCUUUGGAAUGUGGUUGAGGAGCACUCAUCUGAGGCAGAUGGAUGGGAGUUGCCAAACGUUCUUAUCACGCAAGAUGCGCAAAGUGUCCGACGAUUCGCCCGAAAGGUUGGUGGUUCUGAGGGCAAAUCAGAUGGCGAACCCACUCAAUCAAGGACUAUUGUCCUUUUAAGCGGAGAUGGCGGUAUUGUCGACCUCAUUAAUGGCAGCUCUCACGAUGAAUUUUUAGAACAGCGACAUUUACUCUUGGCUCUCCUCCCACUGGGCACAGGAAACGCCCUCUUUCACACACUACACAAGCCCCUUUGGGCAUCCAAGGAUGGCAAAACUGAAGAUGCCUCUCCUCUGAGCGAUACGCCCGAGUACCGCGUCCACGGCGAUAAGCGCUUCGGCAUGGUCGCCCAAGAGCUCCUCCGCGAAUCACAUCCUUACAGCGCCAGGGUAGAUGUUCGCCAUCCUUCUUCAUCGCACUGGGAGACUAUUCCCGGAGACAAGCACGCUUAUGUGCUCAUGACGCCGCUCUCCAACCUCGAGCGCACAUUCACAAUCUCUCCCGCGAGUAAGCCUCUGGAUGGGAAGCUCCGUUUAGUGCAUUUCGGAACUAUUGGGGGCGAGAGGACGUUGGAUGUGAUGAUGAAGGCGUACGAUGAGGGAAAGCAUAUUGGCACAAAGUGGGAUGAUGGGCAUGAGGUGCGAUAUGAAGAGGUGGAUGAAGUGAAGGUCACGGUUUUGGAAGAUGAUGAGCGGUGGCGGAAGGUGUGCAUUGACGGAACCAUUGUUGACAUCCCCAAGGGAGGGGAGUUGUCUGUACGAAAAGAAGAGAAGAGUGGGUUUCAGGUUUUGGUUGAUUCACGAGUG